AUGGACGCGAGCGACUCCUUCCUAUCCAGUGCCAAGUAUGGGUAUGACUUUGUCGUUGCCACUACCCAGGCGAGCAUCAACUCGGAUCUUCUUCUUUUCCUGAGCGAGAGCCAACAGCCCGUCCAAUAUCUCUGUUUCCUGGCUGACGAGAAUGGCAAUCCAACGAACAUGAUCACCUUGGAGGAGCUACUCAAACUCACGGAAGACAUCAAUCCGUUCGAAAUUCCUGCCGGGACAGAUUAUUCGGACGCGAAGGUCACCAAGCUUACCGCGGCCAGGUUCAUGGUGGGCAUUCAAAUCCAAAUGGGGUUGCCGCCCGGUGUUAUGCCGAAAAACCUGCCUGCAAUUGUUGACCUUGGGGACGACGCGAAGACUGUCAAGUUCAACAUGUUCUGUUCACAAUUCACCGUGAUUGAAAACACCCCUGCCAAUGGAUGGACCGCAGGAACAUGGAAUGUCUGGAGCCAGCCAUCCGGAGAUCCGUGGUAUGUCCAGGUGAACGUCGACCUUGUGGUGGCCGACCUUAACAAGGAGCUCGACACACCUUACUUGAACAACCAUCCUGAAUUAAAGGCUCAGCUCAAAGCUCAGCUGAUGAAUCUGUCAAGUGAGGCCUUCAGCUUGCAGCAGUUGUUGUUCGAUCUGGACAAUGCCGUCUUGCAGAGCGUGCCCCGGUUUGAGGGCAUCCCAGCAGGCUCUCAAGCGGACGGCAUACUGCAGCGGUCGUUUGUGUCUAUAUACAGUCAGAUUGCGAACGAUCAUGGCCUGCCUCUGGUGUCAGUCACUGCGAAAACGGGAACCCCCGACCCGUCGCAGCUGCAGAUGACCGAUUUUGAGAGGCAGGUCAGCCCUUUGAAGGACAAGAAUGGCGUUGUGAUUGCUAGUCCGAGUGCCUUGCAGCAGUCUGCCACCACGCUUGACCACCUCUGCGCCGUUGACAACAAACCGCUGCCGGGCGUCUCAAGCUUCAACUGGAACUGGGUGUUACCCGAGAACAUCGACGACAAGAGCGGUAUUGUUGCGAUCAACCGGAACAUCAUCGCUCAGAACGUACUCGAUCAAUUGCUGCCCGCAGCCAAAAAAUGCUGUGUACGUGUCGAGCCUUACGUUUUUGCUCAUUGGUAUUGGUCAAGUGGAGAUUUUGAUGUGACCAUUUACGGAGACCAGACCCCCACAACGGCGGAGGUCACCGAUAACGGUUCCAAAGUCAUCCUGGUCCAGUAUUCCUGUUCAAAGAAAGAUGACAGCCAGCAAGGUGCAACAUAUUGUGCGAUGACGAUUGAUUCGUCUUACAGCUGCGAAGUGUACUUUGAGGAGCAAAAGAUCACGGUGAAGCAGCAUCUUCUCGUACAUGUCUAUGCUCUAGUCGACUGGGAAAAUGGAAGUGCCAACGUCUUCGACAAUACAAUCACCGAUGAAUACACGAUCUCGGCUGCUCAAGAUGGUCGUCUCAUGAUUUCUCUGACCAACUCAACUCCAGUAGACAACUCCACUGAUCCUGGAUUGAACUGGUUUAGCGAAGCCUUCUCGGGCAUAAACGAUGUCUGCGAUGAUAUCAAGAAGAAGGUAACCAGUUUUGCAACGUCCAACAUGAAGAAAACUACCCUUGAUGGUAUCCAAAACUUCAUCUUUCCAGGGGGUAAAGUGUUUACCUACAAAGACCCCCGCUUUUCGUCUUAUCAGGACCUGGGAUGCGACAUUAUCUAUGUCGAUCCUGCGAGAAGUUUGGAAUCCCGAAGGAAGGCCAGAAGAGCUCUUCAGUCUACUGAGCCGACCCUGGGAUUGACAUCGUAUUCCGAUAUGAUGUUGAACUACGUUCAGGGUGAAGUUGUGUCGCCGAAAAGUAAAUUCGCAGCGCUGCAGAAACAGGAUGGCCACGCACUGUUAUUCGCCAUUGACUCAUCCGGAAUCUUCCAUGUUAUCGAAGAGCAGAGUGGCUCGACAAGCACCGGAUGGCAGCUCCAUGAUCUAUCCACCUCGAUCAUCGAGGCUUACUUCCCCGGGAAGACCGAUGCCGUGGUACGAACAUUUGAUGUCGGCCAAAGUGCAAUCGAUGGCACAAUUAGUCUAGCAAUGGCGGUCUCCUCCGGUGGAACUGAUAAUCUGUUCAUGUCCUUAUUAAACUCCAACGGAGAUACGUCUUGGGUUGAAAGCCCGCGCUGGACUCAGGUUCCCUUUGAUGCCGUGACCGAGUGGCCUGACACCAUCACCGUCACCGGCAUCCUCUUUGCUGAGCUGUCCUCUUUGCAGUACUUGAUCGUUGACCUAGACCGUCUGAACGACUCCGCAGCGAAAAACAUUGUGCGCUAUCACAUCGACCCAUCUAAGGAAACAGGAUGCUUUUGGGUGAAAAACGAUGUACCAGUAGAUAUCGAAGACGGCAAUUACCAGAGCUGCGUUGGCCGGACCACCAAUGCCUGGUCCGACGGCGUCUACACACUGGGGACCACUAAUGGUGCCCCUCAGCUUGUUUAUAUGCCGUUAAUCAACGAUUUUGGGACAGGUCCUCCUGCUCCACGCCGACUUGCCGUGCCUGGCUCGCAGGUUCCCUCGGCGAUCACAACUGCGCGCAACGGGGACAAGUCAUCCAGUCUGCUUGCUACAACAGACCUCUACGCCAUCAGCGGUUCAUCUCUUUAUUACUUCGCUGCCAAUGCCCAAACCGAUGGGGCAUCGGCUAUUCCCCUCAUCACCAACGACUUUCUUUCUGGAACCGACACUCUGCUAUCCAUGAUGAGUGAUGGAGUCACAACCAUUUGGGGCAGGAAUAGUAGCAACGAGGUCUACUAUGUCUCCUGUCCGAAUACAGAGCUGAAAAAACCUGGAUCAUGGAGCACACCAGUCCCAAUUUUGACAAGCAUCGAGCGGAUAUCCGCAUAUGUCAAUGGCAUCGAUGGGGGGAACACCAUCUUCGCCUCAGGGGGUGGACGGUUCUUCGUACUAACUCAAGCUACCAUCACCGGUGCAAAAGUGUGGCAAGCACAGGAUAUCAAGCUGGCUGCCCCGGUAGAAUCAGAGCCGCUGUCUUUCACCUCCUAUACCACGAAUAUACAGGUGACGGACACAAAGAAAGAUGCGUCACCCGGCAAAACCACACUGAGCAUUGCCGCCGAGGUUCGAACACCUGUUUAUAUAAAUGGGCUCUACUACGUGCUGGGACCCAAUCCGGUGAAGGUGACCACAGAUGCCGGCGGGUCAUUGUCUGUGAUCCAGGCAACCCAAGAUCUCAACGCGGUAACCAUCACCGCCACAAUUGAUGGUGGAUCCGUGGGCACUGUGGUCAACCCGAUGGAUAAAUCGUUUCAGAAGCUCACUGACCUCAAUUCCGAGGAUUCAAUUCGCGCUGCAAGCUUCCCGACCAAAACUACGGCCGGGGGUGUUCUUGACGAAACCUCAUCCACACCCCUUGUGGCCCCCUCAACUGAUGAUGACGAUGUCAAAACAAUCGCUUCCCACAUGACCAACCUCCAAACCCUCUAUACCAAGGCCCCGUCAAAGAACGCAUUACUAUCCAGACAUCUGAACAGACAAAGACGCUCAGUCCUCCGGCCCGUUUCCUCGACAACCCCGGCUCAACGGGUCGUUCCCUCGACACGGUUCCUCGCCUCUCGAAACGUGACCGGGAUCCUGGACGAUAUCGCCAUUGCCGCCGGUGAUCUCUUUAACUGGCUGAAAUCAGGAAUAGAGCAUGUGAUUGAUAUUAUUUACGAUGCUGUUAGUGACGCGUGGCACUUCAUCGCCACUAUCGCCGGAAAGGUAUACCGUGCAGUCUUGGACACCGUGGACGCCAUUGUCGGGGCCGUCGAGUGGGUUUUCAAUGCCAUCAAAACGGCCAUUGAGGAUAUCAUUCGUUUUAUUGAGUUCCUGUUCAGCUGGAACGACAUUAAAAGAACCAAGAAUGUCCUCCAUAACGUGGUCAAACUGUACGUGCAGAAUCAGAUUGAUCAGAUCCCCCGGGCUAAAGCCGCGUUCGAUACCUACGUGAAAGAGGCCGAGGAGACAUUGAAUAAGUGGGCAGGUAUCAAUGACUGGACCCCGAUCGGCUCUGCUGCUAGCCAGCCGGCAUCGGAUAGUACUUCCAACCCAGCUAAGGGGCAAACCUCGGGCUCACGAUUGCUUGCGGACCACUUCCAUAACCAGGUCCAUCAUGUCAGUAUCCUGGGGGAUCUCCCUUCUGCAGAUGCUACCCAGAACCUCGUGGACCAGCUCUUGACUGGACUCUCCAACGAGGGUGCCGUUCUCGGACAGGUGUAUAAUCAACUUCGAGACCUUGCGAGCAACUUCGGCAGCCUGAGCGUGGGUGAAGUUCUCAAGAAGCUUGCCGUGAUAUUAGCCGACGGCGUUCUGUCCAGUGCUCAAGUGGUUGUCGAUUCCUUGUUGGAUGUCCUCCAACGCGUCGCAGAAUCAGCGAUCGAUCUUUUGAAUACGAAGAUGCAUAUCCCGAUCAUCUCCGACAUCCUCAAUGCAAUUGGUGUGCCUGACAUCAGUUUCCUUGACUUAUUCACUUGGAUCGCCGCCGUUGGAUACACCGUGGUUUACAAGAUUGCAAACGACGAAGCACCCUUUCCUGACACCAGCGAAGUUAACGCCAUGAUCUCGGCUUCAACCUGGGAUGACUUGGCAGCUCUAUUCCACCCAAAGUCUGUCAAGAAGGUCAACAGUGUAGUUGGUCGCGCGCCUGCCUCCGCCUUGAUCACUCUCCCCGAGGCCGUGCAAAGCGCACUCUUCAUUGCCUCCCACGCCACAGCUGGUUUCAUGCUUUUCGUCGGCGACAUUGUGGGCUCUCUAGAAGCGGAAGUCAUAUCUGGCGAGAACCCGUUCUCGAUUCCGUCCGCGGUGCUGGGAGUUAUCGUCGCUGCGUUCGAAGGAGGCGGCAAUGCCCUGGUUCCAAAAUCUCCGGUUGAAAACACUGCCGUGGGCGUCAUCUCCGACGUUACAACUGCGGCUGUUGUCGUCAGCAAGAUUGUUUUCAGUGGUCCCGUGCAGAGCAAACUUGGGGCAUCCAGCAGCAAGUUCUCUGGGCUGGCAGUCGACGAUGGGCGCGCAACAGGCGCGAUUGUCAACUCGGUCUUGAUUAUUCCUGCGCUGUUCGUCACUGGAUGGCACUUCUACGAGUUGAGUGAAAAGCCGGAGGGGGCGGAACGAUCUGCUGCGAUUGUGGGUGAGGUGUCGAAUCUGACUUCGUACAUCUCCCGGGUGUCGUAUGCUGUGGCUGUCAAUGACAUGGACCCGGCAACUCGACAGAUCCCUAUUGGCGUCAUGGCGGUCAGUAAUCUGGUUGAUGCCGGCUUGCAGACGGCUGAGGCUAUGAUUCAUUGA